CUCGAGAGCGUCGGCUCUUGGGUAAUUUAAGAAAACUGGUGGGAAAAUUGCAUUCAAACCAAAAAGUUGGGGGAGCGCAGAAGACCAUCCUCGCCCAGACUUCUACGAGCCACGGUGGACCAAACCUAGAGCUUGUUGGGCUCGCUCUUCCCUCGUACAGGACCAUUAAGUAUGGAUGCUUUGAAGUCGGCUGGCCGGGCCAUAAUUCGCAGUCCGAGUCUUGCGAAACAGUCAUGGGGGGCAGGCAAGCACAAAAAGCUUCCGGAAAACUGGACAGACACGCGGGAGACGCUUCUGGAGGGCAUGGCCUUCAACCUGAAGUACCUGGGCGUGACCCUGGUGGAGCAGCCCAAGGGUGAGGACCUGUCAGCGGCAGCUGUCAAAAGGAUCGUUGCCACAGCCAAAGCCAGCGGAAAAAAGCUCCAAAAGGUGACCCUCAAGGUCUCACCCCGAGGGAUUCUCCUUUAUGACAGCUUGUCUAAACAGCUGAUUGAGAAUGUAUCGAUAUACAGGAUAUCGUACUGCACGGCUGACAAGAUGCACGACAAAGUUUUCGCUUACAUCGCCCAGAGCCACAACGAAACGCUGGAGUGCCACGCCUACCUCUGCACCAAGAGAAAAGUGGCACAGGCAGUUACACUAACCGUGGCACAAGCGUUCCGAGUGGCCUUCGAGUUCUGGCAAGUGGCCAAAGAAGAGAAGGAGAAGUGGGCUAAGUCUGGCUCUGAUGGUGAAGUGACCAGCAGCUCCCAGUCAGAAAGAUCUGCCAGCUUUGCCAGUCUGAAAGGAGGAGAAGCAGCAACAGGGAACCUGUUGGAUUUGGAAGAGGGUGCCAUCGCCGCUUUCGCCAGCCUGGGCGACGGCGCUGGCCAUAUGGGUGAUCCCUUCGUGGCGCGCGGCCACCUCGCUGAGAACAACAAUAGCAUAUGGGAGCUCGAUGACGGUUUGGAUGAAGCCUUUUCAAGACUCGCUGAGUCUCGUACUAACCCCCAGGUCUUGGACAUUGGGGUGACAACUCAGGACUUGAACGCUGAAGAGUGCCUGCUGUCUCCUGCCGACUGGGACAACGCCAACGCCGCCAAUGGAGAGGAUAUCUUCAGGUUGUGAAUGCAGUGAAGCCACCGCAAGAGGAAAACGGUUCACUGCUGGUCUUCCCUGGAGGGCCCACUGUCGCCACCUGGUGGCUUUAGCUGGGAGGACCAAUGUCUGUUUCCAGAACACUUAACCAAAGCAAUAAUAAACUAUUAAAACCAUUAAUUUCUUUUAAAACAUUGUCUUACAAUAGUCUAGUCUUUGUCACAAUCCUCUUUUUUGAGCGUUG